UACCCCUGCACCUGUCACCAACUUAUUCACAACCAGCCAAUAGACUGGUAGGUAUGGAACCUGAAGACCAAGUGAAGCACUUAAGGAGAGGAGACAAUGGAGGGAGAUGGCGACGCUGCGACGGCGCCGUUGCUGGACUUUGUCGAUGACCGGUCAGCCGCCUCGGAGGAGCUGCUGCGACGGGAGCCGGUGCCAUUCGACGUGCUGUCGCGGCUGGCAUUGUGGGAGGCCGGCAACCUGUGGCACAUCUCAUGGGCGUCCAUCCUCAUCACGCUCUUCAGCUUCACUUUCAGCCUCGUCACACAGAUGUUCGUUGGCCACCUUGGUGAGCUUGAGCUCGCUGGAGCCUCCAUCACCAACAUCGGCAUCCAGGGCCUAGCCUACGGCAUCAUGCUUGGCAUGUCGACCGCAGUGCAGACGGUUUGCGGCCAGGCCUACGGCGCGAGGAGGUACAGGGCGAUGGGCGUUGUUUGCCAGAGGGCGCUCGUCCUGCAGUUCGUGACGGCCGUCGCCAUCGCCUUCUUCUACUGGUACUCUGGCCCAUUCCUGCGGCUCAUUGGGCAGACUGAGGCCGUGGCUGUGGCGGGGCAGCUGUAUGCUCGUGGGCUGGUGCCACAGCUGCUCGCUUUUGCGGUCUUCUGCCCGAUGCAGAGGUUCCUGCAGGCUCAGAACAUUGUCAACCCCGUGGCGUACAUGGUGCUUGCUGUGUUCGUCUUCCACAUCCUCAUAUCGUGGCUCGCUGUGUUUGUGCUCAGCUUUGGCCUUCUUGGCGCGGCUUUGACGCUGAGCUUCUCUUGGUGGGUGCUCGUGGCGUUGACAUGGUCGUACAUCAUCUGGAGCCCAGCUUGUAAGGAGACAUGGACCGGGCUGUCCAUGCUCGCUUUCAGAGGCCUCUGGGGAUACGCCAAGCUCGCCUUUGCGUCGGCUGUUAUGCUAGCGUUGGAGGUCUGGUACGUGCAAGGAUUUGUGCUUCUGACUGGCUUCCUCCCCAACUCAGAGAUUGCUCUUGAUUCGCUCUCUAUCUGCAUCAACUACUGGAACUGGGACUUCCAAAUCAUGCUUGGUUUGAGCUAUGCGGCCAGUAUCCGUGUCAGCAACGAGCUUGGCGCUGGCCAUCCAAAGGUCGCGAGGUUGUCGGUCAUGGUGGUCGUCACGGCGAGCAUCGCCUUCAGCAUUCUUGCCACGGUCGUCGUGAUGGCCCUCAGGUACCCGCUGAGCACCCUCUACACGAGCAGCACGACGGUGAUCGAGGCCGUCAUCGCCCUGACGCCGUUGCUGGCCAUCAGCAUCUUCUUGAACGGGAUCCAGCCAAUCCUCUCAGGGGUGGCCGUCGGGAGCGGGUGGCAGGUCAUAGUUGCCUAUGUCAACGUGGGGGCUUACUACAUCAUCGGGCUGCCGAUCGGAUGCGUCCUAGGGUUCAAAACAAGCCUUGAGGCAGCUGGGAUCUGGUGGGGCUUGAUCAUAGGGGUGGUGGUGCAGACGGUGGCUCUGAUCGUCAUCACGGCCAGGACCAACUGGGACAGCGAGGUGGAGAAGGCGCAGCAGCGGCUGCGGCGCACCGCGGUGGACGAGGGCGGCGUGUUGGUGAUCGCCGCCGUCGACGACGACGUCUGAUGACCCGGGCGGGGGAGAGGUGUCUGGGGGCUACUCUGUUUGGUGGCCAUUGUUUGUUUGGUAGGAGCACUCUCCAGGACCAGGAGAGAGGGAGUAGUUGCUAGGUGCCCAACUUUUAUUACCAAGUGGCUAUAUAUAGUGCCUUUGGGUUUGUGCAAUAAAUUGAACUGUGAUGAUGGACUUGUAGUAAGUAAGUACUCCUACGUAGUUAAGUAAAUGGUUAAUUAACCUUGGCUGCUGGACAAGAAAUGGUUUGAUUUA